AUCAUUCUCUUCUCAAAAAAGAAAGAACUAAAUUUUCAGGUUCUUGGGGAUGAGUUCCAUGUUUAAGGACCUUGGCAGGGUUCAUAUUAUUUCUUUUGCCGUUGGUAUUGUUGGAUUAGUUGUUGGUAUUAUUGGUAUUGUAUUAGCUAUUGUUUUUGGAACAUCUUCCUGCCCUACGUGUAAUACCUGCCCCACCCAAACACAAUGUAACACAAACUUAUUCUCUAUAAGUACACAAGUCAAUAGCUUAAAAUGGAAUAAUGAUUACUCUGAUCCAAACAGCGACGCUUACAAAUAUGCAGUUAAGAACAUAACGGAUUCUCUUACAUCAUCUUUAGUCAGUGGUUUGAAUAAUGGACCGUCAUCAGCAUCGAUGAAUCAUAUUUUUGCAACUUCAUCAACGUUCAACAGUGUUCAAGUCCAAAUUUCUAAACUAGUUCCAAAUGGUGAUAAGGUCAUAGCAAUUGGAAACGGAGCUAUUUCUUCAACUGCAGCACAGGCCACAAUUCCAAGUGAUCAAAAAGUCAAAGAAGUGAUUACUUCUCAAAAUACAACAUACUCGGAUGUGAAAACGGCUUCCGAUGCUUGUGAUAAGAACAUCACUCUGCCCGAAUGCCCAGCAACUCCAACAUGCCCGACACAAUCAUCGCAGUGUAACACCAAUCUAUUCGCAAUAAGUACAGGAAUUAACAACAUGGUGUGGAACGUAGAUUAUUCGAAUCCAAACAGCGAUGCAUACAAAAAUGCGGUACAAAACAUAUCUGAUAGUCUAACUCAAUCACUCAUCUCGGGUCUGAACACUGCAUCCUCAUUAUAUCGAAUUCUUGCCGCAAUGCCAUCAAAUAAUAUACAAGUUCAAAUUUCCGCUCUUCGGCAAGGUUCUGACAAUAUGGUUGUAGCUAUUGGAAACGGAGCAAUCUCAUCAACUUCUGAUCUUGGAACAAUGCCUACCGAUCAAAAUGUUAAUAGCGUAAUUACUUCUGAUAAUAGCACGUAUUCAGAUGUUCACACGGCACCACAGGCUUGCAAUAAAAAUAUAAUUCAAACGGAUUGUCCUGUCUGCUCAACUGCUGCUCCAGUUGUAUGUACUACAGCUUCAAGUGCCCCAGCUAGUACCGCAGUAGUCACCACCACAAUGCCAGUGACGACUGUGCAAACUACAGUAACAUCCAUCGGAACAAGUACAUCACCCCAAGCAGUUGUCACUACAACAGGUAAUCCCACCACAACUGCACAACUUUCUUCAAGUUCUAAAACCUUGACAUCUACACAAACCACACAAGGAUCUCCCAGCACGGUUUCACAAACUACACCAGGGGUAUCGAGUGCUUCCACGGGCAUGACAACUUCACAGGCUUCACUCAGAUCCACUCAAAACUCUGUGACCAGCACACCGGGUUCUUUCACAGUAACAUCCACACCCACAAUCACAAGUACACAAGGAGCAAUGGCAUCCAGUUCAUCAAACUCGCCAACUAGCACCCAAGCAAUCAGUUCAUCAACGGUAACUACGGUAGCAUCCUCUACAAUUGCUCCAACAUCCUCACAGGAAUCAAGUUCGAUCGCUAGCUCAUCAGCUCCAUCUCAAUCCACAACUGUGAUCACAGUGUCAACUACUGCGACGGUUUCUUCCGGUCAGUCAACAUCCACAUUCGGAACAACCAUCGGCCAGGGAUCGUCAUUUGGAUCUUCCACAAUUCAAACCACCCAGGGUACAUCUUCAUUUGCACCAAUUCCUAGCACUGCUGGAUCUUCAUCUCAAACACCUGGUAGUAUGAGUUCAACUGGUACGACUGUCGGCCAAAUGUCUAGUUCAUUCCAACCGACGGCACCCACUAGUCUAGGAACUAUUAUGACCACACCUGGUACCUCCUCAAUUCCAUCAAUUAGCACUUCAGUUAAUUCUGGGUCCAGCACAAUUGGGUCCACUGUUACACAGGCACCAUCAUCUUCUACUAGCAUGGGUCCCUCACCCUCUCAAUCAACAGCCGGUAGCACAAUGACUUCUGCACCACCAGUGACUUCUUCGUCUUCAGCUAAUACUGGAUCUACAUCAAGUGGCACAACAGUGUCAGUUCAAACCACACAAGUAUCAUCUACAACAUCUCCAGUUGCUAGUAGUUCUUCUCAAAUGACUUCCACUCAGCAACCAUCGGGAAGCUCAAGUUCUAUUGGAUCAACAGUUAAUCAAGGUUCAUCGUCAGUAACUACACAGCCUCCAGCAAGUUCGCGUUCAACAGCCUCUCAAGGAUCAAGCUCAGCUCAACCAAUCGCUUCAUCGAGCACGAUGGGAUCGACAGCCGGAUCGUCAUCACCUCAACCAACUGCAUCGUCUACAUCGGUUCCGUCUUCCACAGGAGCAACUAGUUCAGGAUCGACUGUUGGAUCCAGUACAAUGGGUUCAACACAGUCUUCGCUGCCAUCGAGCACGAUGACUAACACUGGAUCAACUGGUUCAACUGUAACUAACCAGCUGGCCUCUUCAAGUACUUAUGGUGCAUCAUCAACUGAGCCAAUCGCAUCAUCCACAGCAAACCCAGGAUCAUCUACCAGCGGGCAAACAGCGGUCACUACCCAAGGAUCUUCUUCAACUCAAACAAAUUCUAAUACUGGAUCUACUGGAUCAACUGUAACUAACCCUCCAGUAUCUUCAAGCACAUCUGGAUCAUCAUCAACUCAGCCGAUCGCAUCAUCAACAGCAAACCCAGGAUCAUCUACCAGUGGAACAACAGUAGUAACUACCCAAGGAUCGUCCUCAACUCAAACAAAUCCUAAUACUGGAUCUACAGGAUCAACUGUAACUCAGCCAUCGGCAUUUUCAAGCACUUCUGCAUCAUCAUCAACUCAACCGAUUGCAUCAUCAACUACAGCAAACCCAGGAUCAUCUACCAGUGGACCAACAAUUGCAAGUACGCAGGGAUCAUCUUCAACUCAAACAAAUUCAAACACUGGAUCGACCACUGUAGCUACUACUGUAACACAAGGAUCCUCAACUGAAGGGAACACUGGGUCAACUACUGUAAAUUCUCAAAGCAGUAGUGUUGCAUCAACAGUAGCAUCCAGUACAUCUAACAUUGUCUCAUCCACUUCCCAAGCUCCAACAUGUGCUUCUCCGUACAGUGGAAAGAUUGCAACUGUUUUUGAAUUGAGUGCAAACAGUGCGACGAAUGUUGUAAACUUUGUGACCAAUAAUUUGUACAACUCAGUCAACUAUGAUUUUACUUCAACUACACAAGCAAUCAAUGUACCAUAUGGACAAACCGACAGUUAUCCUACCAAUAAAUUUUUACAAUAUGGUGGGGCAAAGAGUUUAACGAAUCUUCAAGACAACAUAUCUGAUUUAUUAGAUAGUGCUAUUUUGAUGAUGGAUUCCACAAUUUCCGACGGGCUUCAAUGGCUUCAUGCUAAUAGAGAUCCAGCUGGAACAAAUGCAGUUAUCAUUAUUGUUGGAAACCACGAUGAUGAAAACCCCGCAAUGACUACAUUCACUCUUCGAGACCUCAGAGCACAAGGAUAUAAAGUGAUUUCGGUAGCUGUUGGUGAAGGUCAUGGAGAUUUUUCCCUAAUUCCGGAUAAACAAGAAUGGUAUUUCCAAGUAAACGAUUCAAAUGGACAAAAUAUUGCUGAUCAGAUCUCAUCUAUUCUUUGCAACUUGAAAUAAUCAUCUCCCCACUGAUAUCUUUCCUUACUGUGCAAGUUUACCCAUUUCUUUCAGAAAUAAAUAUAUUACCUAUAACAGA